AGUGACGUCACUUCCGACUCAGCGAUGCAGCGCGCCGAUGAAUUUUAAAACGCAUCCUGUCGCUAGCCAAUCACAGUUGUCCCGCAAACCUCGUGGUUGAAAGAACACGUUGGUUACGGUAUAGACUGCGGUGGAAUGAGACGCUGCAGGCUUGAGCAAUAAAAGUCAAACACAGAGCGACGAGAUAUAAACGAGUAUUAAUUCUAGGCUUUUGGAAUGCAAAAAAAACACGAGAAUCAAAACUGGGAAGAAAUUUUACUACAGGAUUUUUGCAUAAUGUGUUUACCAACCAUAACUUGCAGAGGAAGAACCCCAAUUUCUGGCAGCAUUCAGCAAGCUUAAACUGUGUCUUUCUACGUUGUGGUGGCAAUAAGCUGUUCAAGAGCUAAAGGGCUGUGAUAAGUCAAGGAAUUGGUAAUGGAUGUCAAAGUUACACACUCCUUGUCUGAGGACCGCACCACCUCAGGUGGUUCAGACCAGAAUCCAACAAUUGUAAUGAAAGGACUGCUCCAUGAAAACCAGAGCUUAAAACCUCGCAGUGGUUUCAGCACUGACUCUCUUAAAAGGAAACAUGAAACUGAUGAUCAUUUAGAUGUUAAGAGACAGAGAGUCAUAGAGCAAGAUGAGCUACAGAUGUCCAGCGUUGAAACUGAAUUUGUAAAUACUGUCUCCCAGGAUUUGUUAAAUUUUCACAGUUCAUCUUUUGUCGAGGAAUUAACUUGUACUUUUUAUAAACAGCACCCUGUACCAUCAUGGGCCUACACGAUUAAGGAAAAUAUAGAUACAGAUUUAGAGGGAAUUGUUAGUGAUGAAGAGGGCAGAGUGAACUUAACUGAACAGAACAGGGCCUCUGUUCCACUCAGUCUGAACUGGAGGCAUGAGACACAUCUUCCUGCACAGUUGGUGUCAACUGAACAGAAAUCUACUCCCCCAAAAACACAAACUAGUAGUCAGGUCAACGAGAAUAUGUCUGAGGAAGUUAGUAAUGUUACAGAUGCAGGUUUCCCACAUGUUAAUGAAAACCUCUCUGGGAAAGGUAGUUCUGCCACAAAUUCAUCAGACAGUAGGGUUUUUUCUAUAAAUGCGCCACAAAAGAAACUGACAUACAGAGAUAAACUCAGCUUAACUGAACAGAACAAAACCUCUGCCGCACUUAAUCUGAACAGGGGCCAUGAGACACAUCUUCCUUCACAGUUGGUGUCAACUGAACAGAAAUCGACUCCCCCAAAAACACAAACUAGUAGUCAGGUCAACGAGAAUAUGUCUGAGGAAGUUAGUAAUGUUCCAGAUGCAGGUUUCCCACAUGUUAAUGAAAACCUCUCUGGGAAAGGUAGUUCUGCCACAAAUUCAUCAGACAGUAGGGUUUUUUCUAUAAAUGCUUCACAAAAGAAAUUGACAUAUGGAGAUGAGCUCACUAUUCCCCACAUAGAAAAGAUUGACAGACCCAUCUUUAGGAACUGUGAAUUCCGUUGUCAUUUUAAGUUUGAACAUUUGGAGGAUUUCGGUUCGUUUGCCAAAAUCUAUGACGUUAUUCAUCGGACACACAAGAGAGUGUUUGAUAUCAUGGUUGAAGAACUGAAUCCUGAUGACUAUGUGCAAAUUGAGCUUAGGGCAGAUGCACUUAACGAGCCGAUUAUAGUCAAUCAGCGUGUUGAUGAAAUUGAUGCUGAUGAGUUUCUCAACAAAGCUGCAGAUGCCCUUCAAGGUACAAAAGAUAUUUUGUCAAGUGAUGCUUUAUACUUUGUGAUGAACACUGUUGGUAAUCUAAGGGGAGGGAUUCAUAAACCAAGAAAGAUAGGAACUGUCUAUUCUGACGACUUUGUUCGUUCUAAAAGAAGAUGUUUAUUCAUUAUACCAAACAAGCACAGCAAUCUCUGUUUUGCAGCCACCUUGUUGGGGUUAAUGGAUUUGGAAAAUGCUAGAUUUCCACAAUUAAUACAAGAAGCUGAGGAGCUUCAUAGGAGACUUAAUUUAUCCCCGCAACACAUGGUGAGCUUCUCGGACAUUGCUACGUUUGAAAAGUUACUGGAUGUGAAAGUUAGAGUGUACUACAGAGGAGCAAAUCUCCAAGAGUUUGAAACUAGUACAUCUUACCAUCCCCGCAGUUACUUUAUGUAUUUACAGGAUAACCACUAUUAUGGUAUAACAAACCUGAAAAUGUUCCUGGGUGUUCCAUUCUUAUGUGACCGCUGUCACAAAUCGACUGGCACUAGAAACACUCACAAAUGUGAUACCAUUUGCAAAGUUUGCCUCAUUCCAGAGUGUCGGUUUGUGGGAAGUGAAAAGGUUGUGUGCAAGGACUGUUACCGAAUCUGUAGAUCGAGACUUUGCUAUACUAAUCACAAACUGCCACAAAUGGAUCCUCGGCUUCAAAAACAAAACCCCUCGCAGUGUGAUUCUGUUAAACACUGCAGUGAGUGCUACGGCAGUGUACUCACUCGCUCUGGUAAAGCUCACCAGUGUCAAGGGGUUUCAUGUCCAGGUUGUGGGGAGGUAAAUAGAGCUGAAAAGCAUCGAUGCUGUCUUUCUAAACUGGCCUCGGAACCUCUAGCAAAGGAAUACAUAUUUUACGAUAUUGAAUGUUUGACAGAUUGCGUUCCUAACUAUAUUUAUUCUCUUGCCCUUGACAGCCAGCUAGAGAAAGAAUUUUAUGGUGACAAUUGUGUGGCAGAGUUCUGCGAGUUCUUUAUCAGAGGGCGAUUUCAGGGUUAUACUUUCCUUGCACACAAUUGCAGAAACUACGAUAGCGACCUCAUUAUGAGGUAUCUGGCUCGCAAGUUUGUCAUUGCUGAGCCCGUAAAUCAGGGGAGCAAGGUGAUAGGUUUUAACAUGAAGGACUUGAAAAUUCGGUUUGUUAAUUCUUACACCUUUAUACCCAUUAAGCUGAGAGCUAUCCCAAAAGCAAUGGGUUUGGAAAUGGCCAAAGGAUAUUUUCCACAUUUCUUCAACACUUCCAAAAAUCAGAGGUACGCAGGGUUGAUGCCCCCUAUCCAUUACUUUGGAGAGCAAAUUGUGACUGCAGUGGACAAUAAUACAUUUUUAGGGUGGUACGAGGCACACAAAGACAGGAAAUUUGUGUUAAGUGACGAACUUGAAGUCUACUGUAAAAACAACGUUCACAUUCUGAGAGAAGCAUUUUCGCAGUUCAGAGACGAGGUCUUUAAAGAAGGAGGGAUUGAUCCUUUCAAAUACGCAACUCCUGGGCAGGCUUGCAUGGCUGCAUUUAGGACUAAUUUUAUUCCAAAGAAUAAAAUUGCUGUUGUGCCAAGGGACAACUACCGUGGAGAGUUUAAACGCAACCAGACAGCCAGCAUCCAGUGGUUAGAAUACUUAUCAGUCUCGGAGGGGGUGAUUAUUCAACAUGCCCUAAAUUCUGGAGAAAAGCUUAUAGGGCCCUAUUUUGUAGAUGGGUUUGCUACCAAAAGUGAUGGAGAUGUAUGCUAUGUGUUUUGUUGGUGCUCUUCUCAUGGCUGUCCACAGUGUUUCCCGGUGGAUGUUAAACGCAACAGAGAGGUACCAUACAGCAGCAGGUAUAAGGAUCUGCAGAAGAAACUUUCAUAUCUAAAAGACCGUAACCUUCAGGUCCAAAUAAUUUGGGAGCACAAGUGGGCAGACAUGAAAAAAGAUCCAAAGGUGCGAGCCAUCGUAAGAAAGAAGUGCCCUGAGCCCUUUGAUCCUUGUCGGGCGUUGUAUGGGGGUCAAACAAAUGCAAUUUGCUUGGCCUACAAAACACAGCCUGAGGAGAAGAUCCAUUAUUAUGCCUUAAAUGGUCUGUAUCCCUCGCUAUAUAAAACCCAAACAUUUCCAGUAGGCCAUCCUGUUGUUAUUCGUGAAACCAUUGCCGAUAUUAAGGAAUACUUUGGUCUAGCUAAAGCCACUGUGUACCCACCAAGAAAGCUUUUGUUUCCGGUGUUGCCACUGCAUAUAGGUGGUAAGUUAAUAUUUACUCUUUGUAGAACUUGUGCAGAAACAACACAGCAAGCUACUGCCUGUACUCAUGAAGAUGAAAGUAGGGCCCUGACAGGCAUAUGGUGCACAGUUGAAAUUGAAAAAGCUCUGGAGCAGGGCUAUAGGAUUGGGAAAGUGUUUGAGGUAUGGCAUUUUGCUAAAAGAUCUAAUGGUAUAUUCAAAAAGUACAUCAACACCCAGUUAAAGCACAAACAAGAGGCUCUAGGUUACCCCAGCUGGUGUGAUACUGAUGAGAAGCAAGAAAAGUAUGUAAGAGACUGUCAUGAAAAAGGUGUCAUGCUGGACAAAGAUAAAAUAAAGUUGAAUCCAGUCAGGUCCCAGGUCUCAGAAUUUUUUCUAAACUCUCUCUGGGGAGAAUUUGGAAACAGACCAUUAACGUCCAGAAGCACUGCGAUUUCCAAACCAGAGGAGUUUGACAAGCUCCUUUUUUCAGAGCACUUCAAAGUGUUGAAUUUGAACUUUGUGCAAGACAAUCUUGCCUUUGUGAAGUGGUGUUAUGACUCAGACCAUCGCAAGUCUCCAGGAAAUGUGUUCAUAGCCGCGUUCGCCUCUGCUUAUGCCCGCUUACAGCAGUAUGGUCUUUUGAAGAGGCUGCAGGAAAGAUGCCUCUAUAUUGAUACAGACUUGGUUGUUUUUGUGAGUCGACCGGGUGAUUGGGAACCUCCACUAGGUGAUCAAUUGGGGGAGUUCACUAGCAGACUAUCGGCAGGUGAUUAUAUAGUCGAGUUUGUUUCUGUUGCCCGUAAAACCUAUGGUUACAAAACCUUUAUGGGGAAAGCAUGUAUGAAAGUGAAAGGAAUUGCCUUGAACGAAGCCAGUGCUGAUGAAGUGGACAUUGAUUCCUUGAAGUACCUAGUUCGUAAAAAAGAUGCAACACUGAUCAACCAAGAGCCGGUUGUCACUGAUUCAUCAGCUGUCAAAGAGAAUGGGCACGAAAGAUUAAAAGACAACACCCCAAACUCCUCUCAUUGCAUCACUUACAACAGUCGAGUUUUAAAUUCCGAUUACACCACACUUCCAUAUGGAUUUUGAGUUUUAAAUUGCACUACUUGUGCUUUUAAUGCUGAAAUAUUUGUGUAUCUGUAUAUAUAUAUAACCAAUAUGAUUGAGGAAAUUCUGUUUAUGUGAUUCUAAUGUGAUUCUAAUGUGCCUUUGGCAAAGUGUACAUGAGUCAAGCAAGUCUACUCAUGACAAGUCUGUGUAUGUAUAAGUGAAGUAUAUGUUACAUUUGUUGUAUUGAAUAUUUGUGUUUUGUGUUGGUACCUCAACUGGAGAGGUCUGCAUUUGUCUAGGUUUUUAAACAAAUGUACAUUCUACUGCAUGUUGUGUUCCAUGUGUUCUAAAUUCCAAUAUUGUUUUAUCUUACUUGUAUUGUGUGAGAAUAAACUCCUUAACUUUUUUUAAAA